AUGUCCGACGGUGCGUCACCAGCUCCAGGCCUCCAAGAGGGAAAAGAGUCCGUCCAUCCUCAGCAACCACCGCAACAACCUGCAGUCUCGCCAUCGCCGCAACCAGAUUCUCGCCGACAGGGUCGCGUCUUCGACAUCGAGGUGUUUGAUUGCGAGGGCAUUGUCUGGAACACCGACCGCGACACCAACCGCACCGACAACCGCAUCGACGACCGCCCAAAACUGAUCCCACGCCGCCCAGUGGCUCGCCGUCGCGCCGUACAAUUCAAUCAACCUCCAAUGUGAGUGAACUUUCGCAAUCACGUCUCCUUUACAUGAGACAUUCACUGACCCGUCUCAUCACCUUGUAGCGUCGGCGGCGGACCUCUCUCCUCACACCCACCAUUUGCCGACAUGGGAGAGCGCGAGAUGCCAGGCGCAUACCCGCCCGAGGAAGACACGUCCCACCACACGGCCGCCAACAUGUCGUCCGAGUCCAAUCGCUACACCACCGACAGCAUGCGCUCGCCGGAGUCACCAGCGUCCACCCAGAACAACAUUGCUGCGCCAAAGCAGCGCCCCGGCUCCUUCUUCCGCACCCUGUCCAGCAAGAUGAGCCUGCAGAGCCUUCGCAGCCGCACCUCUUUCAGCAGCUCGCGCAUGGAUGUCAGCGGCCACAACACUUCCUACGGAGACAACGCCAGCACCAUGCGCCCACAGACGCCCGGCGGCAUAAGCAUGAUGUCGCAGGCUGGCUCCACGAUGCCUCCACCGUCGACUCGCGGCGGAAAGGCGGACACUCUUCGCAAGAAGCGCAGCACGGGUUGGUUUGGUUCGAAGCGCAGCAACGACACUGGCAUGGACGCCGUGAUGGACGGCGAUCAGAAGCCGGAUGACCAGGUCCAGGCCCCGGUCCCCAAGCGCAUGAAGCCAUCGCCGUCUCUGCCCGUCUUGCCUGAAUUCGAGUAUAACGGUGACGGCAGCCUUGGUAUCACGGAUAUGGACAUCGACAAGUAUUAG